GUGAGAUCCAGUAGGGUAAACAAGUUAAACCUGGCCUGAAAAGUCAACUCGAUAACCGGUAAACUUGGAGCUUGCCAUAGUUUAUUUAUUUAUUGGAAAAAACCAGAAACGGCAUAGAUUCACUAAUAAGAGUAUCAUGGAUCUCGAAAAUGUAAUCCAAGAGGAAGAAUGUUGGACCACUAAAAUAACAGCUCACAAUGACUUUAAAAAUAACAGCCCACGUUAACCCUAUCGAAACCAGCCCAUUUGGAUCCUUGACAGCACAACUCACAAUCGUUCUUCGUGUACCCUCAGAGUCAAAGCCCUAACAAGAGUCAAAAACCCUUUCCAGCCUCUGUGUCAAAUCUGAAACAAGCAUUUUGCUGCCUGAAAUGGCCGCCAUUAAACCUAGCAGAAGCUUGCUUUCUCUGCUUCAAAAACGUUUUCUAUUAACAUUUUCUGCUGCACUUUCUCCUCCUGCAGCUCAAUUACCCACCAGAAGCUCUUCUUCUUCAUCGUCGUCCUUUACAGUUCAUUUCCUUGUGAAUUCUUGCGGGCUCACUUCAAAAUCUGCUCUUUCAGUUUCCAAGAAGUUCCAAAUCCGUGAAAACAACCUCCAAAACCCUCAAUCCGUACUCCAGUUCUUGAAAGCUCAUGACUUUAGCGAAACCCAUAUUUCCAAAUUGAUUGAAAAGCGACCCAAGAUUCUCCUGCGCAGAAUAGAAGACAAUCUGAAAGCCAAGUUUGACUUCUUUAUCGAGAAUGGUUUUGCGGGUCAGCUUCUGCCCCAACUUAUUUUAUCAAAUCCGGUGAUUUUGGAAAGGGCCUUAGAUUCCCAUAUUAAACCAUCUCUUCUGUACUUUAAAUCUAUUCUCGGUACCAGCGAGAAAGUUAUUGCAGCUUCCAAACGUUCUGUGUUUUUGUUGACUUGUGAUUGGAACAGUAUCGUGCAACCAAAUGUUGAUUUUUUGAUUAAAGAGGGAGUGCCUGUUGAUAGGGUUGCAAAGUUGUUUCUGUUUCACCCACAGGUUGUGCAACGGAAGCAUGAUAGGAUGGUUUAUGCAGUGAAUACUGUCAAGGAUUUGGGACUUGAACCAGAGGUUUCUAUUUUUAUAUAUGCUCUUACUACCAUGAUGCAAUCGAGCGAGUCCACUUUGAAGAAGAAAGUUGAAGUGUUGAAGAGUUUGGGGUGGACGGAGGAGGAGAUUUUCCGGGCUUUUAAGCAAGACCCUGCUAUUUUGCGAUUUUCAGAGGAAAAGAUCAGGGGUGUGAUGGAUUUCUUGGUGAAUACUGUGGGAUUGAGGCCACAAACUAUUAUUGCAAACCCUUUGUUUCUUCAUUACUCAAUUAACAAAAGGCUUCGACCAAGGUAUAAUGUUUUGAAGGCUUUGGAGUCAAAGAAGCUCUUUGAUGAGGGCAUAAGCAUUGGGUCGGCGCUAAAAAUGAGCGAGAAGAAAUUCAUGAAGAAUUAUGUUUCCAAGUAUGUACACAGUGUCCCCGGUAUAUUGGACACAUAUAAGGGUAUCAUCAAGCCUGUAAAGAUGGAUACUUGAUGGAAAAAAAUGCACGCUUACCUUGCACUGCAAAUUAAGUACUCAACCUCCUCUUGGACCCAGAAUCGUUACAGACAGUUCUCUUGCCCUAACAUAUGUUCUCGUUACUUGAAAAAUUUGGUGAUGCAAGGAUCAAGGAAGUAAUUCUUAUGGAGGGUCUGUCUCGACUUCCUUGUAUCAGACUAUGAUUUUAAGAAAGAAAAAUGCUCUCCUGCGUUGUUAGCAAAGCUCUUCACUACUUUGCAGCUUGAAGGUGAUCAUUCUUGCACCCCGAGGGGCAGGUCUAUGCAGCAUGCUCUUUAGGUUUUUUCCCAGUCUUUUCAACCUUAAAACUCACCUUGUCAGAUAGUUAGAUUGAAUGACUAAUGGUAAUGUAGUGUUUGCUGAGUCUUAGCUUUAGGACUAGUUUUCUCUUGAGGUAGAUAAUUCGGAUAAUGUUUUUACUCAGGCUCUAUUUCGUUUGCCAAUCUCUGAUUGCACCUGCCUGUCAACUUUGUCACCCCCUCUUUCCUUUGCAGGAACGUGUUGACUUUGCAAUCAACUUGGAAACUUUUAAUUUGGAUUUCGUUUCUCUCAGGCUCUGUUUCUUUUGGGCUAGAAUGCAUCGAGAAGCUCCAGAGAGACAAAUUACUGCUUUUUCUGGCAUAAUUUUCAUCUAACUGUCAUCUUCAACAUAGCAUUCAUUGACCUUCAGCUUGGCUCUGAAUCUUUAUGAGCAAUAUUUAACAGUUUGGGAAAAUAUGAUAGCACAAGGCUUGUCAAACAUAACAAGUGCAGCAGGUAAUUUUGCUGGAGAUGUUGAUUUCGAGUGUGUUUAUCAUCAAGGGGCUAUUCAGCUUCAUCUCUCUCUCCAGGUAAUCAUCUAGCCACCCUAAAGGCUAGGUACAUGCUCCUUCUGCAAGGCCUAUCCUCUAACUUUUCUUGACAUUUUUUUGUUUUCCUUUGGUAAUUCUGCCACGCAGAACAGGAGGUUAUUCUUUGAAAGAACCGGUGAAGCUUCUGUGUCCAAUUUGACACCCAAUUUCUCUCUAAGAAAAUUCAAACUCAUCCUGUUGUCUGUAUAUCCAUUAAAAAUAUAAAAUCUUUGCUCCAAAAAUGGCCACAUUAUCCAUGAGAGAUCUGCUUUCUUUGAUGCAGACUCGUUUUCUUGCUAAAUAACAAUGAUUUGCUGCUGUGUAAUCAUAAUAUAA